AGCGCUGCGACGACCUCUUCGCGAACUAGACGCGUUUUCCCUCUAACCUUAUCCUGCGCUGCGUGCUCCGUGCAGUAAGACGAGACUUUCGCCGUUUUUUCAUUCACAUUAACGCGAUUUUGUGUCGAGGAUUUCAAACGGCCUCGUCGGCUUCCUGGACUCCUUCGUAGCGACGAAGGCUCUCCGUGUGUGAUAUUGUGCUGGACACGUGCGCAAGGCUACUUCUCGACGUGGGAUACAGGGAGAACGAUCAGUCGCCAAUCUCACGCUUUCAUGGUAGCAACCGUCUAAUGGAGUGGUCCGUUUUCGGGUGGGAAUCUUAUGAAAAAUUUGGUCGCGGAUCUUCCCGAGGAAGAGCCCAGCUGGCGAGAGCGAUAGAGUCGCAGGAAGAGGAGAAGGAGGAGCUGCCUGAGUGACGGGAGUGAUAACCUAUGUUGUUGUGCGGCGAGUUGCUCAGCGGCGGUUUUGUGAGUGCGGGCGGUGCACCGGUGGUGCCCUGCGGUCUUCUAGGGCUAGGGUUACCUGGUUGCCUACGUGCGACCAGUCCCCGGCUCCUGACAUCUCCAUAUCUGCCGCUCCUCGCCGAGCUCCUCGCCACGGGCUACCUUAACCAUCAGAGGAUGGCCCUCGCCCAGCGUAACCACCCUCCGAACUCCACGACCAAUCCGACUUCGAAUCCUAUGGCGAAUUCGACUACGGCGUCUGCCGUCUCCAUCCACAAUGAUGAACACCGGCACGACGUCAAGCUUGAAUUGGAUCGGGAUCUGGACCUGGAUCGGCAUCGGAAUCUACAUCGGAAUCGCCAACGGAAUCUGGAUUUGAACCUGGAUCGGAAUCUAGAUCAAAAUCUGGAUCUGAAUCUGGAUGAGAAUUUGGAUUUGAAUCUAGAUCUGGAUAUGGAUGGACACGACAUCGACGACGCCGUCUUUCUCGAAAACGGACUGCUCUCCUUUGAAAAUCCAAAUUACCAUCUCGAUCCUGCCAGACUGGAUGACGCUCUGAAUAGCAACGGCAGACGACGUUCCCUCUUCGACGAGCUUUACGAGGAGUUCCUUGGUGGUGGCGGACGUGGCGGAGAGGUGACAGGAGGUGGCGGAGGUGGCACUAGAGUUCAGGCUCGUAGGACCUAUGCAGCCUUGGAUCUAGGCAGUAUGGGUGUUGACGUCAAUCAAGGACCGCUUACACAGGAUUCCAACGAGGAUGCCAGCGAUAACGCCGAUAACACCGACAACACCGAUAACCACAAUCUCGGGUAUGGCGGUGAGGGUGUGGUGGAGGAGUCGAUCCUGGUCGACGACACCCUCAACGGAAAUCCUCGCUCGGCACCCUCGGCACGGCCGAUAUCCUCCUCUUUGGCCGAUCGCGACUCCUCCUCCCUUGGGCCUAUCGGUUCGUUACCUGCCGAUCAUUCCGAUCGGUCCAUCGAGAAACUCACAAAUUACUGCGAGAAGCCCGACAACGAGACGGAAAUGGGUGGCGUGCCUCACGUCGAGGGUGGCCUGAACAGCGAACUCUACGCCGUUCCCGUGAAGCGGCGACAGCCGAAGGACCAGAAGAAUUCAUCGCUCCAGCAGCCGAGCACGGACAAGCCGCCGUCAAACGGCGACGUCGAUACCGUCGACUCCGAGGACAAGGAUGAAAAUCUUCCGGCAGGUUGGGAAAAGCACGAGGACAAUGACGGACCUUACUAUUGGCACAUCAAGAGCGGCACCAUACAGAGGGAACCCCCAGAGGCACCUCUCAACUCCAAGACCGAGUCUCGCAGAAGUUUAGUCAAGGAUAAUGACAGCAUAAAUAAUUUUCACGCUCUCGGGGGUAUGGUCAAUACCGUCACUCGCAGCAAUACCAGCUCGGCUCUUGAUCAGGAUCUGGAGAACAAGAGAAAAGAAGAGUUGGCGCUCAAGAGAAGAAGCUAUCCUGCCAGAGCGGACUCCGAGGGUAGGGACAAACCAAUAAGAUUCGCAGUUCGAUCUCUUGGAUGGACCGAAAUAGCGGAAGAGGAUCUCACGCCGGAACGAAGUAGCAAAGCCGUCAACAAGUGUAUCGUCGAUCUUUCUCUCGGAAGAAACGAUCUCCUGGACGUUGUUGGAAGAUGGGGCGACGGCAAAGAUCUUUUCAUGGAUCUGGACGAGGGCGCCCUCAAGCUCAUAGAUCCUGAAAACCUCACGGUACUCAAUACUCAGCCUAUUCAUACGCUCAGGGUGUGGGGAGUGGGCCGAGAUCACGGACGCGAGAGGGAUUUUGCGUACGUAGCGAGAGACAGAUCGACCAGGAAGCACAUGUGCCAUGUUUUUCGCUGUGACAUUCCCGCUCGCACAAUAGCCAAUACACUGAGGGACAUAUGCAAGAAGAUCAUGAUCGAGAGAUCGCUUCAUCAGAAUCUUGCAAAGCCUAUCGAUAUCAAUGGUAGAACCAGUCUAGCUACUAGGCCGACCAAUUUACCUACGGAGCAUCGACGUUUUCAUAGAAACGGACAGGCUCUAGUCACACAAUCAUUCCCCACUCCUAUGGAGGAGCCGAAGAAGGUACUACGUGCCCAAUACUUGGGAUCCAUGCAAGUGUCCCAGGCUACGGGUAUGGAGGUUUUGAAUGACGCGAUAGAUCAUAUGGUGACGAACACUCCAAUCAAUCAGUGGAGAAACGUAAACGUGGCUGUGGCUCCCAGCAUGAUCUCUAUACUGACGCCCAGCGACGACAAACUGAUUACGGAGUGUCGGGUUCGCUAUUUGUCAUUCCUGGGGAUCGGCCGUAACGUGAAGCAGUGCGCCUUCAUUAUGCACACAGCCCAGGACCUUUUUAUCGCACAUAUUUUCAAUUGCGAGCCCAGCAGUGGCGCCCUCUGCAAAACCAUCGAAGCAGCAUGCAAGCUGAGGUACCAGAAGUGCCUGGAUGCUCAUCCCCAGGGAUUCAGGAAUGCCAGUAGCCUGAAUACUCCAAGUGGUCGUGGAUUGGGCGCCACCCUUAAGUCUCUCGUUGGUUCUCUCACCGGUCGACGAAACAAACAGGGCGAAUCCUGAGACGAGGCGCUCUCGCUGCAGGAACUGUGGCCGUUACCUGCCGAGCGAGAAGUGAUAAGACACAGACAUCUUCAGUCGCCAUUGACCUUGAAAUACUUUGGAGGUUCUCCACCGAGUGCAUCCCUACGGUCGCUAUUGUCACCGUCAUUGGACACAAGACGCAUUCAGCUGGCUCGCUGGGAGAGCAACCCCUAGAUGAAUGUCAUCCUUGUCGGCCAAGUUGUGAAUUCAACAAAGUGCUAUAUACAACACACAGCUAAAUAAUGGACUACGCUUAGUGUUAAUAUGUAUGUUAUAUCGCAGUGUGUCUUGGUUUACGAUGUCCCUUCACGAGAUACGGAUGUAAUAGGUCAGAGUCGAGGGUCGGUUAUUGAGAUAAUCAGGAUAAUCCUUGGUAACAUGUGGUUCCAGGUUAUAAGUGAACAAACUAGUCCUUCGUCUGGACAGAGUAUAUGUAUAUCACUCAACAGUAAUCGAAUACGCUAAUUGACGAAGCCGCCGCGGGCAAUGGGGUACAACUAACCGUCCUUCAUUCUUUGGGGGAUAUGGGAAUGUCAGCAACCAUACCGGAAGUGACGAUUUAGGCAACGUCAUAUCUUGUCAGUUCUAGAAGGUAUAUAUUGAAAUUACAUACCUUCGUCGUUUGGUUACAAGAUAGAAAAAUGUCCUACUACCCACCCAAUCCCCAUUGGCAAUCAUUGGAGCGGCUACGAGGAUAAUGUUGAUUCUGUUUUGCAUGUACAUACGUGGGAUUGAGAUAUUUGAUAUAAUACUCGAAGAAUUUGGAAGUGUGUGUGUGUGUGAGAGAGAGAGAGAGAAAAGAGAGAGAGAGAGAGAGAGAUCGAGAAUGUCGAAUACGGUUACAAAGAGCGUGAGAAUAAGCACGAAUGGACAAAAUACGGCGAGUCCACGAAGCAAAGGGAAAGAAAGCAUAUACGACGAUAUAAAGAUGAUAAUGGGAACGAAGAGCAGCGUUCAAUGGGAGAAAUCAAUUUAGCGUAUCCACGAGGCAUUUAAAAGAAGCUGUAGAGCUUAAUACCUUAAUAUUACAUGUAUUCUCGAAGUGUACAGAAUAGCGAGGGGAAAAAUGUUUAACAAGACGAGUCGUCUCACACACGUAGAGGAUAGGGAUUUAUUUUUUAUGCCAAAUAAUAGGAGAGCUUGCGUUGAGGUGAUAUGACAAAUAUUAGCGCGACGCUCGCCGUCCUGCCGAGCGUCGCAACGUAUCAACUUUGAAAGUGUGUAUGUAAAAGGAAACUGCCGGAUUAUCUCUCGCGAGAUUAACGCGCGGAUUUCCAUGCCUUUAUGUUAACUCUGCACCAAUUAUCCCAGCCUGCAGAAAUUAUAUUCCAUGUUCCAUAUGUACCAUCCUCGUACAACCCUUCUUAUUACCCUACUACCCCUACCAGUAUCCCCACAGUAAGCUGGCUCCCCCCUCCCGCCCCACGUAACUUAACCCACCACGCCAGCAUGAAAGACAAUGGCGUCGUUAAAAACGCGAGAGUGAACGAAUAUAAUCAUAUUGUGGUAAACGAUGCGGUUUUUACAUAUGCAUUCAAAAGAAAAAAAAAAAAAACUAUGUAACUUCUUCGUUUAAUUCAACCUCAUUGCAUCUGGGAUGCGUAUGAAGGAACUCGUGUCGAACCCAACAAUAUGUAAUAUCGUAGGUUAGCGCUGAUGAAAAAAAAAAAAAAACAGAUAAAUUCUCUACUUAUGUCUAACGGAGAUUAUACGACAGAAAGGAAAAA